GCAGGACGACUUUUAAGUAAAAUUAACACAUAAUCUCAAGCGAUUUGAGCCGCUGACGCGCGCGCCCGAAAUCAAUUACCAUGUUCCAAUGCCUGAUGGGGGUCCUGCACAACUGAUUCAUUUUGCAUAUCGUAUAAUCCCCGGCGUCCUCGCGGUCAGCUUGGAUCAUGAUAACACAUGCAGCCGUUCAAUUGACUGCUCAUGGCUGGGAUGUACUUGGCAGACCUCUAUUCAUCUCACAGGGAAAUGCUUCUUUUCCUCUGAAAUUUGAAACUGCACCUCCGACGCGUGGGUUAUUCUCCCCACGCCGAAAGAGAAGUCCAACUAAGAGCUAUCGUGGGUAUGAUCAUAUAUCUAUGCAGUCGUGCGUUCCAACCGUGUCUCUUAUGUUUCAUGCUGUUGCUUCAUUCGGUGGGGUCAUUUUGGCGACAUGUGAGGUUCGCCCUGGGACUACGUUGGGACCCCAGAAUGAACGAAGGUUACAUAAUGGCUGUUGUACCUUCGCAUCUCCAGAGGCUCCGAUCUUCCCACACGAAAUAGCAUUCGCAGCGCGCGCAGCGCUGCGCAAUUUGAAUUCUGCCGUAACCCUUGGAACAGCCUCAAUACAUCGGAUUUCCGCGCGAACUUGUGUUCUAGCGCCACAGACAAAGGGAUUAUGAAAACCCCACGCACAUCUUCUAUCAGCACAGGUCAGAGCGAUUUUGCUUCAGUAGACGUGGAUCACACAGUCAAUUCACGCUCCCAAUGACAUUCAUUCGGAUUUGUCAAUGUCAUGAUAAAACAAUUUCCUUCCAGAAACUGCACCACUUUCCAGUUGAAUGAACAAUG